AUGAGUGCACCCGCCUUCCUCUCCUUUCCCGACUUAGGGGAGACUACGGGAGACAAUAAGCUGGAGGCUGGGCUCAGCGAUAUUCCGGCCUUCUCGUCGUUUCCGGAUAUCGACUCGGCGCCCAAGCGCAGCGAACCUCAUGUGGAGGAUCACCCCCGAGAGGGGCCUUCCAAGCGGCGGCGGAGGGACGAUGGUGAACGACCACAUCGCGAUCGCCACAAUCCUGAACGCGGACACGGGCGCGUGCCAGAACGCAAGCGCUCACGGGAACGCGAGUCGCGCUCGUCGCGUCGCGAUCGUGAGGAAGGUCGCAGCCGGAGGAAGGAGGAAGCGCACAAGGAACGGUCUGACCGCCACCGCGAUGACAAGGAGUACCGACGUGAGCGAUCGCAGUCCCGCGAUCGUGAGAAGAAGGAUCGGCGAGAUCGAGACUAUCGCGAUCGAGACCGGGACCGAGCCGAGAAGCGCUCUCGACACGACAAGGAGCGGGACAGCGACGAGCGGCGUCUCGAGAAGGAGCGGCGUCGGGCGCGUGAUCGAGAACGAGCCGAGGCACUCAAGGUCAAUGACCCAGACGAUGGGCGCGCGUGGUACGAGACUUCAGGGCUGGCGAAUCCAGCUGCAUCGACCGCGUCUCUCGACUGGUUCGUUGACACCGUGGGCGAUGACGACAUCCUGCGGUAUCGGGAAGUCGCUACGCGCAAUCCUCCCAGGUACUAUCGCGACUACGGUGGCCGUAUCUUCGGCCUCUCUGGCGACGUUCGAGCGGUGAGGAGCAGAGAACACAAUUCUCUGGAGGUUUCGCCGUUUGGGCGCCCAUACAUCCCCCGAUACUCGGCACGGGUGAUCGAUGGCUCACUCCACAAAGCCAGGUUGCUCAUGCGGCCCAAGAUUGCUUGGGAAGGAGAGUUGGAUGCUGAUUUCCUUCCCCUUGAUACCGGGAAACGCCGAGCACUGCAGGACACAGAGGAUGACCUUCCAGAUUAUCGGGCCAUCACCAAGGAACAAAACGAGGACGAUGCAGAGUACGGCGACAUGGUCGCUGUCCUGGGCGAUCUGCCGAAUGUGGAGGACGACCUCAAGGCGCAGCGGGCAGAGUACGAGCGCCGUCUCAACACAAGGCCUGACGACGUCGAGGGCUGGAUCAAGUACUCGACCAUGCACCUGCAGGACUUUUCGGUGGCUGUGGUCCCUGACGACCUGCGCGACCCAGCGAAAGCGCCGCAGACACUAGCCAACGCCGAGGUAACCCUCUCAGUGCUUCAGCGUGCCUUCGAUGCGCAUCGCGCCAACUUUGCUUCGACAGCCCUCCACAUCGCAUAUCUCCGGGCCGCGGAGCAGCUGUGGCCAGCUGACAAAGUGACAGAGCGCUGGAAGAAUGUCAUCGUCGAGCUCGGUCGCAGCGUACCUGAGGAGGAGAUGAUGAAGGUCUAUCUCGCUUACAUCGACUGGCGAGAAGGACAGGGCAUUGGAGUCACUGGGAGCAACGCCGGCGGAGUAGACGAGGUUACUGCCGUUUACAUCGACUGCAUCGAGCGUCUCAGUGGAAUAGAUCGCGAUAAUGAGGCUAGAGAGGAGAACCAGGUCUAUCUCUUGCUUCGGGCUUGCCUGUUUCUGAAGGCUGCAGGCUAUGGGGAGCGCGCACUCGCAGUGAUGCAAGCCGCCAUGGAAGUCACCUUCUUCAAGCCCGCCUACCUUCGACCGCCAAUCCCGCCAUUCGAUCGCGAGCGCUGGUUUAGUGGCAUCCUAAUGGAGUUUGAGGAUUUCUGGGACUCGGAAGUGCCCCGCAUCGGUGAACAUGGCGCACAGGGUUGGAGGAGCACACACGAGUCCGAGGCAGUUGUUGAACCUCCACCAAUCCGGCCGCGAAACCUCGACACCGGGAAGGAUGGAGAUCCCUACGCCCAGUGGUACCGUGCUGAGCGACGAGCAGAACAGGCCCUCAACCUGCCUGGGCGCGCGAGAGACCUCGACCCUCCUGGUGACGACCCCUUUCACAUGAUCAUGUUCGAGGAUGUCGCACCGUUCCUAUUUCCUGUGCAGACGCCGCUCGUGCGACUGCAGCUCAUCUACGCGUUCUUGACGUUCCUCGGCCUCCCAUUCACCCCUCCAGAGGCACCUACAUCUUCCCCUUCGGCCAGCGAUCCGCAUCUCCGCUGGCCACUUGCUUCCAACGAAACAAUGCGAGCGGCGUUCUGGCCACCACGACCGACAAUGAAGCGUAUCGUGUGGCAAACGGUCGGGGGUACGCCAAUGGAAGCCGAGCAACCUCGCACCCUGCGAUCACCCUUCGGCUGCCCUGCCAAGUCGUGGAUGUCGGAGAGGGGUACGCUGUUCGCCAGCGACCGGUGGUUCCGUGAUGUCACCGCUGCGGACCUCCUUCAUGUCGAUGUGGAUUUCACUCGUAACGUCCUCGCACUGAUGCGCCCGCUGGUCCCUGAUCCGUCGUUUGUGUUGUCGACCUUCGCUUUUGAGACAGCGUUGUCAUACAAGGGCGCGGUGAGGGCCGCGAAGUCGAUCCUGGCAGGUGACAGCGACAAUCUCAUUCUGUGGGACGGUUACGCCCGCCUCGAGCAGCAACGUGGCAAGCUGGCUGCAGCCCGACAAGUCUACGUCACUGCCCUUCACGCGGCAGAACAACGGGCAACACUUGCAGGCAUUAACAAAGAUGACCUGGAGCAGGACAUGGACGAGCUUUGGGCGGCAUGGGCGGAGAUGGAGUACGAGACUGGUGACGAGGACCUUUGUCUCCAGGUAAUCACCAUGGCAGCUGGUUUCCAGCGUGAGCGAAUCGCCGAGUGUACCUCUACUGGUUACAACGCCCAACAGCCGUCGCCAAUCACCAUGCUCAAGUCGAAGCAGCAUUACGCAACAGCCUCGUCGACAUCCCAACACCAACUCGUUCUUGGCGCGAUCUUCGUCACCCUGACUGAUGGGAUUGAGGCCGCACGCGACCGUCUCCUCAACGUAGUCGACUCCCUUCCAGCUGGAGACCCACGGAUCGAGGAGACGCUCCAGCUCCUUGUCAAGGUCAUCUUCGUGCACAAUAGCCGCCAUUCAUCGCCGGCGUCACUGAUGAGAAACGUCCUCGAGCGGGCUAUCGAGCUGUGUCCGAACAACACGAUCUUCCUGUCGCUGUACCUGUUUGGCGAGGGAAAUCGGCGUGUGUACGGUAACGUGCACCGGUUGACAUCUCGUCUCAUCACUGAAGACCGCGGCAUCGUUCCCCUGCUAUGGGCAGUCUGGGCCGAGAGCCAAGGUGCUGCCCGAACGUUCUACGACAAGGGCGGCAGUGGCGCCGAGCGCGCGCGACGCGCUCUGAAUCAGAGCGUCAACUCACCAAAGGGCCGACAGUGUGCCGGACUGUGGCUACUCUAUAUCGAGUUUGAGAUGCUCAUGGGCAGGCCCAAGGCUGCUAAGGAGCUGUGUUACCGUGCAAUGGCCGCCGUUGGGGGAUGCAAGGAUCUCUAUCUCCUCCCGUUCUCGACGCUCCGGACGCAGUUCUCAUCACGGGAGCUCCGCGAGGUUGUGGAACUCAUGCUCGAGCGUGGGAUUCGUGUUCGCGUCGACACGCAGGACUUCUGGGACCACGACCACAUCACGGACGACGAGGAUGAGAGCGACGACGAUAUGGUUGGCCCGGUCCCAGACGACUACGAGUACGGGAUGCUGCGCGAACGCGAGGUACUCAAACCUUACUAG